UGUGCUACAAAGUUUAGCAAUUCUACACUCACCACUCUUGCAAGAAAAUCAAGUCAUCGUUUACAUGAGGAUGGGUUGGUUCCUGCUGCCUCCCUCACAGAUCCUCCACUGUGCUGUCUACUGACUCUUUUUUCCCUUUACUAUUUGAUAUCUUUCUACACUGGUGUUUUCCCUCUUGGAUCCUUGUGCUCCUCCUUAACGCUAUAUCAAUGAUCUCACUUCUGUCUGCAAUUUUACUUUUAUUAUUUUGCCUAAUUUUCACGAUUUAUCAAAUCUCUCAGUAGUCUGAGCCAAAUAUGCAGCUGGCCCGUCUCAAAACUAGCCCUGGGGUCACAGACAGCUGAGUCCAUAGGAGAAGAGCAACGAACAUAUACUGAAAGCCCACCGCUGUUUCCCCCUGCCCCAGCCAUCUCUAGUCUCACGCUUUGGCCCAGGUGCUUCCGAAGACCCCAAACCACUUACUCCCCGGCCGAGCUUCCGCAGGGAGGUUAUGCAACUGCUGGUGAAAGGCAAUACUGUCUCAGCAGACCUACCAGCUUUCACGAAUGUGUAAUUCAGGCGGUCUCCCGGAGCGCAUCUGGACUGCUUUGCUGGUCAAGCAUUAGAAUUCGGCUGCAGCAAGGACCCAGUCAACAGUAAUGCAUCGAUAACUCCUAACGGGAAGCAAAGGCUUGCAGAAGUUACUGUCAUCUGUUUCUAAGAUUGUAAAUUUUGUUUUCAAACAGUGGCAUUAAACUGCCUAGGAAAGGGCAACCAUUUCCCUAUCAGUUUACACUGGUAAUUCAUUAUUCAUCAUACAGAACUAGAGAGCUCAACUGAAGGUCUUUGAGAGGAGCAACACACCACAGCAGCUGGGUAGCUAAGAUGAUGUUGAUUCUUUCCAAGCAAAAUAUAACUCGAUCUAAACCCCAAUUUGACAGUUCUUGGUUUUUUUCUUUUUAAACAUGUUAAUUUGUUUGAAAGAGCGUUGUAGAAAGAAUUGAACAUGGGCUUGACGUCUGGAAGUCACACUUGCUACAGAGCUUUUUAUUAUUAUCGUUUCUAAUGCCAUAAUAUGUUUGCUGCUGCAACCAAAAACUUUGUUAAACAGGUUGGUGAUGGAGGAAGACUAGUUCCCGUGCCCAGUCUUAGUGAAGCUGAUAAAUACCAACCUCUGAGCCUUGUGAUUAAGAAAAGAAAAUGUUUACUUUCAAAAACAUCUAAAUUUGCUUCAACACCUUUCACAUUAAAAGACAUUCUUCAAGGCGAGAAAGAAAUUUCUGCAGGUGUCUCGUCUUACCAGUUGCUCAACUAUGAAGACAAAUCAGAUGUUUCACUUAACGGUAGAAGAGGAAAUCAUAUAAUGAAUGAUGUUGGUUUUGAUGUUGCUGGAUCAGAUUCUAUUGCCUUUAAAGCUUCAUUUGGCAUAGUGACCAAACAUGAGGUUGAAGUACCAACAUUGCUUAAAGAACUUACUACAAGAAAAAUAAACUUUGAUCAUUGUCUAGUCCAUCAGUCAAGAAAAAGUAGGAUGGAAAUUUUGUGCGUGGUCAUGGAAAGUAUUAGAACUACAAGGCAGUGCUCCUUAACCGUCCAUACUGGAAUGCGUGGAGAGACAAUGAGGUUUCACAUUAUUGAAGAUCAGAAUUAUAAAGGGCGGGAUAAAGCCAUUGUAUUUCCUGCGCAUACAACUAUUGCUUUCAGUGUAUUUGAACUUUAUAUUCAUUUGGAUGGUAAUUUUGAGCUCUGUGUGACUCCAGUUUCAAAAGGAGGAUUUGAAAAAGAGAAAUCUGGAUCAUCUUCACUGACCAAAUUAAGGAGGUUAAAGAGAAAUCUGUUUCAUCGAAAUAAAAGAGUAGUGGAUACCAUUGCUAACUCUGAUGCUUACUUGGAGGACCUUUUUACAGAUUAUUAUGAAAAAGCUGCGAGCAUGACUGAUCUAUCUACAAGCUAUCUCAGAGAAGGGUCUCAUAUCCGAAUUAAUUUGCUUAAUAACAACAUCCCCAAAGGUCCCUGUGUCCUUUGUGGAAUGGGAAGUUCUAAAAGGGAGACAGUCUACGGAUGCCUCGAGUGUUCUUUUAAUGGACAAAAGUACGUACGACUGCACGCUGUGCCCUGCUUUGACCUCUGGCAUAAGCGAGUUAAGUAACUGAGCGAGGUAAGUGCCUGUUGUCACAGACAUGGG